UUAUAUUAGUGCAUGUUAAAUAUUAUUUGUUAUAUUUGAAGGUUUUAGUUUUGAGUGGAAUACUGUACUCAUUCUGUACUAAUGACAUAAUUAACAUCAUCCUUAGUAACAAUUUAUUUUUAAGAUUAGAUAUUUUACACCAAUGAUAACUUGAGAUUCAUUGACUCAAAGUAUAAAUACAGCAUAGUAUUUUAUCGUUAUAAAACAAUACAUAUCACAGUAUUAAGACGAUAAUGUCAGAACGAAAGGCUGUUAUUAAAAAUGCUGAUAUGGAGAGAACUGUACAAGAUGAUGCAGUGUAUGUAGCAUCAGCUGCGCUGGAUAAAUAUGAUAUUGAAAAAGAUGUUGCUGCUUAUAUUAAAAAAGAGUUCGAUCGUAAAUACACUCCAAAUUGGCAUUGUGUAGUUGGAAAACAUUUUGGAAGUUACGUAACCCACGAGACGAAUAAUUUCAUCUAUUUCUACCUAGAUGAUCGUGCAGUACUUUUAUUCAAAUCUGGUUAGAUUAAAAUGAUUCAAAGAACAAACAAAACCAAACAAAUAGAAAACUAAGGCAAAUGAGAAUUAAAGUAUGAACUAUGCAAGAUGAAUGUAUUAUUAGUUUUAAAAUAAAUAAUCGUAUCAUAUAUAUAAUAA